AUGACGCGCAUUCAACCUCACGAAUACAGCCGUCCUUCGUAUCCCCACCCUUCACAGAAUUCCCUCGGAACAGUACCAUCCGGCCUGCGCUCAGGGUUCAGUCCAGUCUCCCAGUCCGUGUCUGUGGUAGUGAGGAAUCCACCUACGACCGAUACCGCAUCAGAGAGCAACCAAGAGACACGUGGAGGGGCAAACCUGACCGGAAGUGAUCCACGUGAAAGAGACAUUCUCGAAAACGAUCUAUACUAUGCGCCGAUGCCAGUGGGCGUAGCUCAACACAGCGAAGGAGAUGGGUCAAGGCUGAUGUCGGGAUCAACCACCAACAGAGGCACGAAACGCAAUCACAACGACGACGAUGAGCUCGAUGGCGACUCUUCACGGCAGCAUAGACGUCUCACGACCAAAGAAGAAGUAGCGCUCUUCGAGAUCUGCAACCAAAACGCAGACACUUUCGGCAGCCGCAGUAAUCUGUGCAAGUGGUGGAUAUCCAUCGCUGCCGAGUUCAAGCGCACCCAUGAGGGCCGCUCAUACUCGUGGCACUCGGUGCGGCGCAAAGUCGAAAUGGUCACGAGGCAACGCAUCAAGUUUCUCGAAGACCAGCGACAGCGGGGCUCAAACGCACCCGGUUCAACGGCCGAAGAAUUGAUGAACCCGCAAUGGCUCGCUGCCGUCGAUGCCUGGCUUCCGACCUGGCAGCGGUGGGAAGAAGCCGAGAACCGGCGCAUUGCAAGGCGUGACGAGAUUAAGAAGCGUAGACAGCCGCAGCCCUGGCGCCAGAAUUCCAAUAACGGAGACCAGGACCCCUGGCGGAAUCCGCCUGGAUCAUCUGCCACUAGCCCAACCGAUGUCAACGCCGCAAUGAUGAGUAUGAUGCACCAGCAUGUCACGAAUCCCGUCGGUGAUGCUGCACUCCCAGCUACCAGCCCUACGCCCUCGCCCUCAAUUACUGGCCCUGCGCCCCCUGCGCAUUUCCUCGAAUCACCAUCCACCCCUGUCUCUGGGACCACCCCACUAAAACUACCACCGGGGUUCGAGAAUAUGUUCUCAACCCCACAACUCACCUCACAAGUCACACCUCUUCCCUCCAUAUCCACUCCGCCAGCUCCACCAUCCGACGGCCGUAUGGUCUCAGCCGUUAUCGAAACCCUGGGAAGACUCAACAAACAUCUAGAUGCCGCACCAGGGAGUGGUAUAGACAUGAGUGUUGCCUCACCUGUGGUCUCGGCUUUGGUACAGACUGCCUCGGAACCACCGGUUUUGGCUUCUCCCCGGCAACCACAGCACUCGCAAGUACAGCAACAGCCGCAUCCACAGCAGGGUCUCACUCACUUCCAAUUCGAGCAAAUGAAAGAAGAGCUCCGGCGCGAGAUGCAGGCCCAGUUUCGAGGUGAGCUGGAGCGUGAACGUCUUGCGAUGGAAGAAAAGCUGGAUUCUGUGCAGCGGACUCAGGAUCUGAUUCUUGAGAUGUUGAGACAAGAGCCUGCUUGA